GCAUCAGAGCGCCGAUCCUCCUCUCUCUCUCUCUCCCUCUCUAUUUCUCUCUCUCCCUCUCUCUCUCUGUGGGUGUGUGUGUGUGUUUCGGGGAGGCGUGCAGCAUGUUGUCACAGAUCCACUGAACGCUGUUUUAUUUUCUGUCCAACUCCCAGCAGGGUGCAGAGCUCCCACCAUGGGUUAGACAGAAAGCCACCUAUGGAUUAUCCACUUUAUGCACUUCAUGGAGGAUGAAGGUCUCGGGUGGGGGGGACAGAAUGGACUUAUUUUCGGAGAGACAUCCUGACAAAGACGGGGACUGAACAGUGACCGGGAUCGGCACCCCCCCAUCCGACUCGCUCUGCUCAUUUUUCUUUUUUGUUUCCAUUUUUCCUGUAUUUUUUAUUCUAAUUAUUGACGUGAUUCCCUGAAGUCUGCGUGGAGCAGAGAUGUUCGCUGAACUGCUGUGCGGCGCCGUGGCUCUGGUCCUGUACGUCAACACUCUGGGAGCCGAUUUCUGCUACGAUGACAGUCGAGCCAUUAAGACCAAUCAGGACCUGCUUCCGGAGACGCCCUGGACCAACAUCUUUUACGAUGACUUCUGGGGAACCUUGCUGACCCACAGCGGCAGCCACAAGUCCUACCGGCCCCUCUGCACCCUGUCCUUCCGCCUGAACUAUGCGGUGGGCGGCCUGGAGCCCUGGGGCUACCACGUCGUCAACGUGGCUCUGCACGGCGCCGUGACCGUCCUGUUCACCUCUCUGGCCCGCCUGCUGCUGGGCGGGGGGCCGUGGAGCCUGCUGGCUGGCCUGCUGUUCGCCUCCCACCCAGUCCACACCGAGGCGGUGGCAGGCGUGGUGGGGCGGGCCGACGAAGGCGCCGCCCUGUUCUUCCUGCUGUCCUUGCUGUGUUACGUCCGACACUGCGGGCUGCGGGGCCGCGCCGGGCCCUGGCGGCUCGCAGCGUGGCUCCUGAGCAGCCUGGCCUGCGCCGCCUGCAGCAUGUUGUGGAAGGAGCUGGGAGUCACCGUCCUGGCCGUAGCAGCUUUGUACGACGUCUGCGUUUUCCACAGACUCAAACUGAGACAGACCAUUCUGCUGCUUUACAAGAGGAAGAACCACCAGCUGCUGCUGAACGUGUUUCUGUUGGCCGUGUGGGGAGUCGUCUUACUGGCCUGCCGCUUCUCCUGGAUGGGCAACAAGCCGCCCAACUUCUCCAACUCAGACAACCCGGCCGCUGACUCGCCUUCGCCCCUCGCCAGAACUCUGACCUUUUUCCACCUGCCUGCCGUCAACUUCUGGCUCCUCCUCUGCCCGGACACGCUGAGUUUUGAUUGGUCGAUGGACGCCUUACCUCUGAUCCGGAGCCUGGCCGACUGGAGGAACGUCCCCACGGUUCUCUUUUACCUCGGAUUGUUUUUGCUGGUUUGGUUUGGCCUGUGGAUGCGCUCAGCAACCAGGACCAAGGAGACCAAUGGGAAAAGCCACCAUUACAUUAACGGCAGGAAUGGGAACAGUAAUGGACACAGUUACCACGAACACACAAACAACUCCCACACAGACACCAAUAACAUUUUCACCCAGAACGGAACCAGCAGCCUCUCAGAGAGCAGGACUUCACUGCCGACCACGCAGAAUGUGGUGGCGUUCUCCCUGGGCCUCCUGGCCGUCCCCUUUCUACCUGCUACAAACCUGUUUUUCUACGUUGGCUUUGUGAUAGCAGAGAGAGUGCUGUACAUCCCCAGCAUGGGCUUCUGCCUGCUUGUUGCUGUGGGGCUACGGUCGCUGUGUGUGCGAGUGCGACGCCGGUCCUGCAGGAGGGUGUUGCUGCUCUGCAGCGGCGCCAUGCUCCUUCUGUUUGGGAUGAAAACUGUGGUGAGGAAUCAGGACUGGCAGAACGAGGAGAUGCUCUACAAGUCAGGGAUCUAUGUCAACCCUGCUAAAGCUUGGGGCAACCUGGGAAAUGUUUUGAAGAGCCAGGGGAAGAUGGAUGAGGCUGAGCAGGCCUACAGAAACGCUCUGUAUUACCGCAGCAACAUGGCCGACAUGCUGUAUAACCUCGGUUUGCUGCUGCAGGAAAGCAACAAGUUCUCCGAGGCGCUCCACUACUAUAAGCUGGCCAUUGGGAGCCGGCCAACGCUGGCUUCCGCCUACUUGAACACGGGCAUCAUCCUCAUGAAUCAGGGCCGCCUGGACGAGGCCAAGCGGACCUUCCUGACCUGCGCCGACAUCCCCGAUGAGAACCUGAAGGACCCCCACGCCCACAAGAGUUCAGUCACCAGCUGCCUGUACAACCUGGGCAAGCUGCUGCAUGAGCAGGGGCAGCAGGAGGAGGCUAUCUCCAUGUUUAAAGAAGCAAUACAGAAAAUGCCAAGACAAUUUGCACCGCAGAGCCUCUACAACAUGCUGGGUGAAGCCUACAUGCGCCUGAACAAGCUGCCUGAAGCGGAGCACUGGUACAGGGAGUCGCUGAGAGCCAAGCCGGACCACAUUCCUGCUCACCUCACCUACGGAAAACUCCUGGCUAUCACAGGGCAGAAAACAGAAGCUGAGCGCUACUUUCUGAAGGCCAUCCAACUGGAUCCCACUAAGGGCAACUGCUACAUGCAUUACGGUCAGUUUUUACUGGAAGAGUCACGGCUCCUGGAAGCAGCAGAGAUGGCGAAGACGGCCGCCCGCCUCGACGGUGGGGAGUUCGAUGUGGUGUUCAGCGCCGCUCACAUGCUCAGACAAGCCAAGCUCAACGAAGCAGCCGAGAAGUAUUACGGACAAGCAGCGAGCCUGAGACCCAACUACCCUGCAGCUCUGAUGAACCUCGGAGCGAUACUCCACCUCAACGGGAAACUGCAAGAAGCCGAAGCCAAUUACCUCCGGGCUCUUCAGCUGAAACCAGACGACACCAUCACCCAGUCGAAUCUGCGUAAGCUUUGGAACAUCAUGGAGAAGCAGGGCCUGAGGACCACGAGUCCCUGAGAUCUCCCGUCCUGCCCACACGCCAUCUGCGCUCCAGACCCGGGGAGACGGGCGGCCUACGUGCCCUCGUUCUGUUUUCUCAUCCCGGAGAGAAGGAAGAGACCGAGGGAGGACGUUUGGAUAGACACGUUGUGUCGCUCUGCCUCCCCCCCACUAAUCACCUCUGAGCUCUGCAAACACCUCAGGCCUGCAGCUUUGCUCAGGAUUGCUUACAGUCAGGAAGACCCUGCGCAAUAUCUGGAUUCCUUUCUGCAGAUUUACUGCUUUCAUUUUUUAUUCAAGAAUAUUUCAAGUUAAAGUGAAGCCACAGGUUCAUUGCUGCCGCAGAAUGAGGUAUGGAGAACACAGAGGAGAGAAAAUUUUGGUUUCACUUUGUGUUUUUUCUUGAAAAUGAAGGAAAGAAGGUACAUAUGAAGACAUGGACACAAUUUAACUUCUUAGAAUUUAAUUUAUAGUCUCUGCUUUUAAACCUUCUCAUUUGGUCACUUUAAUCUGAAAUUGCACCACAUAUUGAUUCCUAAAGCAGCAACUGUCCUGAUAUUCAGUAAAAAACAGAAAAAGGGAAUGCAGAGUAAUUAUUUCAGCACAAAAAGAGUCUCUAAGGGCUGCAGUUAAUCUAACUAAUCUGUUCUAGCAAGCUUUGAAAUCGUCUUCAUUACCAGUGGUAUUUUUAUUCUUCACUUCUAAAUAUUAAACUACCAUCACCAUUAAAAGCUGGAAGCUGCAGGUUGCAGAUGGAAAGCCUUCCCAGGUUCCAGGAAACUCAACAGGACCUGGAUCAAAAGAGUUCGACCAGCCAAAAGGAAAUGCUACGCUAACGCUAAGCUAGCCUUAGCUAACUAGCUAACAUGUAUCUUUUAUCCUUACAUGGAUCAACACAGUCACAGCUCGUUGAAGGGAAAUGUUUAAAUGCCUUUAUGCUUAGGUAAAGUUAUGUCAUUGUGUUUGAAUAAAUAUUAAUAUAUAGCUGCCAUGUUUUAGUACACAGAACAACACAGCAAACUGUAGCUCCAUAACUGAGUGAGUUUGGCUUGUUACCUUACAGUAAAGGGUUUUUUGGUAAACUUACAGCUGUUCUUAGGUCUCGUCUGUAUAUAUUUUGUCUAGUUUUCAUAUAUUUGGUUGUUUUUGUCAGUUUUUAGUAAAAGAAAUAGCACCUUCAUUAAAGUUUGUACAGUAUUUGUUAUUAUUUGUUGGCCCCAGUCCUAUUCAGAUUUAUUGCUCUGUUACCUGUGAUUAGUGAUAUCUAGAACCAGUGGUGGGUACUCUGGAGCGUUUUAGCAUUUUUGCUAACUUUGAAAACUCUUAGCAUAUUCAGCUUCCCUUAAAUUAAUAUUUUCAGAUACAUUCUGAAGCGCUAAUUUAAUUGCCUGUUUUGGAAACUUUUAGUUAAGUAAAGUUCAUCAUCUGAGUGGAAGUUUUUGUUAUCGACUGUCAAGAAGUCUUCAAGUAGUCAAACAUUUCACUUCUUGGUCUUAUUUUGAAGUGUGUGAAGACCUUUCCACUUCCUGUCCUCACAAUUGUUUUUCGAAAAAUAAAAUACAAUGACUUCAGAGCAGUAAUUAAUAUACAUUUACAAAGGUGAACAGAAUUCACUGACGAUUAUUUACGUAAAUACCUUGA